GGCGGCGGCGCGGCCGGGGCAGCCAUGUCGCCAUUGUCUGCGGCGCGGGCGGCCCUGCGGGUCUACGCGGUAGGCGCCGCGGUGAUCCUGGCGCAGCUGCUGCGGCGCUGCCGCGGGGGCUUCCUGGAGCCAGUUUUCCCCCCACGACCUGACCGUGUCGCUAUAGUGACGGGAGGGACAGAUGGCAUUGGCUAUUCUACAGUGAAGCAUCUGGCGAGACUUGGCAUGCAUGUUAUCAUAGCUGGAAAUAAUGACAGCAAAGCCAAACAAGUUGUAAGCAAAAUAAAAGAAGAAACCUUGAACGACAAAGUGGAAUUUUUAUACUGUGACUUGGCUUCCAUGACGUCCAUCCGGCAGUUUGUGCAGAAGUUCAAGAUGAAGAAGAUUCCUCUCCAUGUCCUGAUCAACAAUGCUGGGGUGAUGAUGGUCCCUCAGAGGAAAACCAGAGAUGGAUUUGAAGAACAUUUUGGCCUGAACUACCUAGGGCACUUCCUGCUGACCAACCUUCUCCUGGAUACGCUCAAAGAGUCUGGGUCCCCUGGCCACAGUGCGAGGGUGGUCACUGUCUCCUCUGCCACCCAUUACGUCGCUGAGCUGAACAUGGACGACCUUCAGAGCAGUGCCUGCUACUCACCCCACGCAGCCUAUGCACAGAGCAAGCUGGCCCUUGUCCUGUUCACCUACCACCUCCAGCGGCUGCUGGCGGCUGAGGGAAGCCACGUGACCGCCAACGUGGUGGACCCCGGGGUGGUCAACACGGACCUCUACAAGCAUGUGUUCUGGGCCACCCGUCUGGCGAAGAAGCUUCUCGGCUGGUUGCUUUUCAAGCCUUCUUUUCUUCUUCCGCCAGACCCCCGAUGAAGGAGCGUGGACUUCCAUCUAUGCAGCAGUCACCCCAGAGCUGGAAGGAGUUGGUGGCCGUUACCUAUACAACGAGAAAGAGACCAAGUCCCUCCACGUCACCUACAACCAGAAACUGCAGCAGCAGCUGUGGUCUAAGAGUUGUGAGAUGACUGGUGUCCUUGAUGUGACCCUGUGAUAUCCUGUCUCAGGAUAGCUGCUGCCCCAAGAAACACAUUGCACCUGCCGAUAGCUUGUGGGUCUGUGAAGACUGCGGUGUUUGAGUUUCUCACACUCACCUGCCCACAGGGCUCUGUCCUCUAGUUUUGAGACAGCUGCCUCAACCUCUGCAGGACUUCAAGAAGCCAAAUAAACAUUUUGGAGGAUAAUCACCCCAGGUGGUCUUCAGCCAUAAACCUUGUGAUUCCAAAGUGCCCAGUUGUCACAGGUGCCAUAAAUAAUUACAUUUUCCAACAUAAAUGUGCCAUUUUCCUUGCCGCGUUAAGCACAACUGAGUACAAAAGUUCCAAGAGAGAUGCUCUCUUUUCAGGGGCUGCAGUGUCCUCUCUGAGACCUAGUGGUGGAUGAGGUCUCCUGUUUGAUUUUGUUCCUGCACUCACUCAUUUUUCCAGAGACCCAGCUGUGAUUCACAGGUGUCAGACAUGGGGAGGUGUGAGCCUUGCUUGCUACAGCCUGUAGGAUGAGUUUGAUGUGGCCAGCAGCACCAUCUGGUCAACCUCAUUCCAGAAUGGCACAGUCACAAGUGAAGCAUGCCACUGUCAAAUCUGAGAAUGUAAACCACUGAACAGCUAUGGAUCAAAUGGUAGCCCUCAAAAGAUAUGUUCAUGCCCUAACCCUCAGAACCUAUAAAUAUUACUUUAUUUGGAAAAGAAUCUUUGCAGAUAGAAUUAAGAAUUUUGAGAUGGGUCAUUAUGGAUCAUCCCAGUGAACCUAAUGCCAUUACGAGGGUUCUUAUCAGAGACAGGUAGAGGGAGAUUUGAGUACAGAAGACAAGAUGUUCAUGUGAUGAUGCAGGCAGAGACUGGAGUGAUGCCACCACAAGCCGAGCAAUGCCUGGAGCCACCAGGAGCUGGGACAGGCAGGAAGGAUUCUCCUUUACACCCCUCAGAGCAAUCUCGGCCCUUCUGACAUCUUGACUUUAGACUUCUGGUCCCCAGAACGGAGAGAGAAUAAAUCUUUCUUGUUUUAAGGCUCCAACAAAUUGGUAGUCACUUGUUACAGCAACCACAGCAAAUGUAUACAGCUUCUGAUACUUCUGAAAACCUCACACAGCCAAAGGGUACGUCCUUGGUAUAGAGGCUCACUCUUACUCACCAGCCAGGCAAGGAAGGCUCAAUCCUUUUGUGUUAGAGAGAUAGAUGUUGGGUUUUCAAAUUUCAACAUGGAGAAAUCAGUCAUUUGCAAUGCUUUUGAGAAAGUACUGUGUAUACCCUACGAGCCUGCACUCCUUAUGUGUGAGACUGAUGACCAUUGGUUGGCUUAUUAUCCAUUCCCCUAAGUGACAAAAUCCCACUGACUAUUCAAAUCCAACAUUAGCUCCUGGCAUGCCUGUACCUUAGAAUCACAACCAGCUGCAAUUCCAGGAUGGAGUUCAAACUAAUUGCGGGGGCAUGUGCUUCUUACAUGACUGCUAGAUUGUUCCCAGAUGGGGAAGGUUGCCCUGAUAAGCAACUUAAAUGAAAAUAAUAAAUGUAUUGUUUGGCCUUUUUAAAAAAAAA